GGCGGGAGGAAUGUGCAUGCAGAUGAGAUGGAUGCUAAUCUCAUGCUAAUGAGCGGCGGCCGCAGCCGCCUGGGGCUCAGCCGGGCUCCCAGCGCCCAGACGGCAGCUGUGCUCCGCCGGCAACCCUGACCCGGGCUGCCGCGGCGCGGGCAGGGCGGCAGCCCCGGCAUGGUGGACUGAGACCCGGCCGCUGAGGAGGACUUUUCUGGGCUUCCGUGAGCGGCCCGCUACGUGCCCCGCAGACUCCCGGCCCUUUCCCCGUCCACCCGGCUCGGUGGGGGCUUUUCCCGCUUCCCGUCUUUCUUUCUGUCCCUAUGGAGCAGCUACCCCCGCCGCCCGAUCAUGCCUAGGAAAGCUGGGAAUGGGCAGCUCCCCUUACCCGAUGGCUGGGAGGAGGCGAGGGAUUACGACGGCAAAGUCUUCUAUAUCGACCACAACACCAAACAGACCAGCUGGAUCGACCCCCGGGACAGGUUGACAAAGCCCUUGUCAUUUGCAGAUUGCGUUGGGGAUGAACUGCCAUGGGGUUGGGAAGCUGCAUAUGAUCCUCAGAUUGGUGUAUACUAUAUUGAUCACAUAAACCAAACAACACAAAUAGAAGAUCCCAGGAAACAAUGGAGGCAAGAACAAGAGAGAAUGUUAAAAGAUUAUCUUAUGGUAGCCCAGGAUGCUCUCAGCACUCAGAAAGAACUGUACCAGGUGAAAGAACAGAGACUAGCACUUGCACUGGAUGAGUAUGUACGGUUGAAUGGUGCCUACAAAGAAAAAUCAAGCUCUCGUACAAGCUUGUUCUCAAGCUCCUCAUCAAGCACAAAGUAUGACCCUGACAUUCUGAAGGCUGAAAUCUCCACUACAAGAUUAAGGGUUAAGAAGCUGAAGAGGGAACUCUCUCAGAUGAAGCAGGAGCUGCUGUACAAGGAACAGGGUUUUGAAACACUGCAACAAAUUGACCAAAAAAUGUCUGGAGGCCAGAGUGGGUAUGAACUGUGUGAGGCCAAAGCCAUCCUGAGUGAACUGAAGUCCAUCAGAAAGGCUAUAAGCUCAGGGGAGAGAGAAAAACAAGAUUUAAUGAAGAGUCUUGCAAAGCUGAGAGAGAAAUUCAAUCUUGACCAGACCAUCAGGACAUCAGAACCAGAUUUGAGUUCCAGCUCUGUAAACUCCCAGCUGUGUUUUCCCAGACAAACUCUGGAUACAGGGUCUCAGACUGACAUUUCUGGUGAGGUUGGAGCAAGAAAUAAAUCAAAUUUAGCAGAGAAGGUCAGACUAAGUCUUCAAUAUGAAGAGGCAAAAAGAAGCAUGGCUAACUUGAAGAUUGAACUCUCUAAGCUAGAUAGUGAAGCUUGGCCUGGGGCACUGGAUGUGGAAAAGGAAAAACUGAUGUUAAUCAAUGAAAAAGAAGAGCUUUUAAAGGAACUCCAGUUUAUUACACCAUGCAAACGUACUCAAGAUGAGCUAGAGCAGCUAGAAGCAGAAAGGAAAAGGCUUGAAGAAGAGCUGCUCUCUGUAAAAAGCACUCCCAGUCAAGCACUUGCUGAGAGAUUGAAACUGGAGGAGAGAAGAAAAGAGCUGGUACAGAAACUUGAAGAAACUACAAAGUUAACUACCUAUUUGCAUUCACAACUUAGGAGCCUCUCAGCUAGUACGUUGUCUGUGUCUUCAGGGAGCAGUUUGGGAUCUCUGGCGUCCAGCCGGGGAUCUCUGAACACGUCAAGCAGAGGGUCGCUAAACUCACUCAGCUCCACAGAUCUCUACUAUAACCAAGGCGAUCAAAUAACAGAUUUGGACUAUCAGUAUAAACUUGACUUUAUAUUGCAAGAAAAAAGUGGUUACAUUCCUUUGGGGCCUAUCACUACUAUUCAUGAAAACGAAGUGGUCAGUUCCCAUGGGAGACUGGGCUACAGUGACUCUCCUUCUACUGCAGACCAUCCCAAACUGAGUGAACCUCCCAAAUCUGUGACAUCGCUUUCUUCAAGAUCCUCACUCUCCUCCUUGUCCCCUCCAGGCUCCCCAUUGGUUUUAGAAGCUGCGUUUUCCAUGUCAGCUCAAAAUUCCCCUCUGCAUCACCUCACCGUGGACUUUGAGGACUGUGACCUUUCGGGUGAUUUUGCAGGCAUUAAUCUCUGUGAGAACCAAAUAUUACUGGACUCUGAAGCCAGAUUGGGAUCUCAGAUUCGUACAGAUGAUAAAGACCUUAAUGAAGGCGUUAGACAGCCUCUGCCUUCUCUACAUGAAGGAAGUUCAGGUGUAGACUUACCAAGAAGAACAGCUAGCAACCUGCUCGAGGAGAAAACAGCUUGUGUAUCUGCUGCUGUGUCCGAUGAGUCUGUAGCUGGAGAUAGCGGUGUAUAUGAGGCUUCUGUAAAACAACCAAAUGAAACUGAUGAUAUUGUAUAUAGUGAAGAUGAUGCAACACCUCUAGAGGCUGCCCAGGUACAAAUAGGACUCAGAUAUGACCACAGCAAUUCAAGUUUUGUGAUAAUCAUCGUACGGCUCAGAAAUCUUCUGGCAUUUUCUGUCCCCCUUGGCUCUAAAGUGUAUAUUAGGGUAGCAGUACUUCCAUCUUCAACUGAUAUCAGCUGCCUGUUCCGCACGAAAGUUCAUCCUGCCAUGGAAACCAUUUUACUCAACGAGAUAUUCAGAGUAGCCAUUUCCCAAGUCACACUGCUACAGAAGACACUGAGAGUAGAUGUUUGUGCGGUCAGUCGAAGUCGUCGGGAAGAAUGCUUGGCUGAGACUCAGAUCAGUCUGGCAGAUUUAUCAUUUUCUGAUGGCACUUGUACUCUGUGGUACAACCUAUUGCCGUGCAAGCAAAUUCCUGGUAAAAAACCCAGGGAACAAAAUGAAGAAUCCAUGUCUCUGUUAAGCAAGCAGUCCUUGGACUCAUUGGACUUGGAUGCUGUGUCAGCUCUGCUGGAGAGGACAUCUGCUGAGCUGGAAGCAGUAGAACAAGAGCUGGCUGAAGAUGAUGAGGAGGAGGAAGAAAAGGAGCAAAGGGGCUCUGAAGAAUACUGGUUAGAAAUGCUUGCAGAAGCCUCUCGUGAAAUCGUGGAUGAGGAGGAAGAUGGCAUUAAGCUGGCAGUAGAAGGCAACUAUACUGAUGGCAUGGGGUUACUCACUAAUGCACCAGAAACGAAUGAAGACAAGGACAGAGAGAACAGUGAUGAGGCCCAUGAAAGCCAGCAAGCUGCUGCAACACUAACACUGGUUGAUAAAGAGACUAACACUGAGGAAUCUGUUAACGAGAACACAACAGUCCGACCCAAGGACAGAGCCAGCUGGAGCACAAGACAGCAUCCCUUUGUCAGGAACAGCAUGAUAGUGCGCUCACAAACCUUCUCUCCAGGCGAGCGGAACCAAUACAUCUGUAGGCUGAAUCGAAGUGACAGUGACAGCUCAACACUAGCCAAAAAAUCUCUCUUUGUGAGAAAUGCCACAGAACGGCGGAGCCUAAGAGUUAAACGGCUGAUUCAGCCUGUUUGCCAACCAAUCAUGCGAAGAGCUACACAAGAGUGCCCUGUACGCACUUCCCUUGACUUGGAGCUGGACCUCCAGGCAUCACGCACGAGGCAGAAUCGACUGAAUGAUGAGCUUCAGGCCUUGCGGGAUCUUAAACAAAAGCUUGAGGAAAUGAAAGGCAGAGGAGAGACAGAUCUUCCCCUGUGUGUGCUAGAGGAUGAACGAUUCCAGAAACUCUUGAAACAGGCUGAAAAACAGGCUGAACAGUCAAAAGAAGAACAGAAACAAGGUUUAAGUGCCGAGAAAUUGAUGAGGAAAGCCUCUAAGGAUGUAUGCCGGUUACGGGAGCAGAGCCAGAAAGUGCCACUGCAGGUGCAGUCAUUCAGGGAGAAGAUAGCAUACUUCACAAGAGCAAAGAUCAGUAUACCAGCCCUUCCAGCUGAUGAUGUAUAAUUAUGCAUUUUCAUUGAAGUGUUUUUCCACUUGCUCAUCUCUUUUCAGAUGAACUUAGUAGUUCCAGUGACCUGCUUUGAAAGAUCUUCCAUUUUACAUUCACUAUUGAUACAUUUAUUUGUAAGAUGCAGUGAAUUGAAUUGUUGUAUGCUUAAAAAAUGGCAACCCCUUCCCCCCUCCCCCCCCCCCCGAACAACUGGAAAAACCAAAGUAGAUUAAUUUUGGUAUACUGAUGCUGAUUUUGUACAGUUUGUAUGUAUUGCAUGUGUUUUUAUUUUGUAAAGAUGGAACAGAGGAACAAAGGCAGUACUAAGCAUGUAUCCUGUUGAACUGCACUGUGUUGAGAAAUAUUACGUUCAACAGAAGAUUGUUUAUCUUUUCACUAUUUUCAUGUGAGCAGACUGUGAAGAUGGCUGAUUUGCCAUGCAAUAUUUUUGUACAAGAGUGUGACUUUUAUAGUAUAAAGUUAACCACAAGCGUAAACUCCUUUCAAGAACAUCAAGGCUGCCUCACAACAGCUGCUAAUUAAAUUCAUCACUUGCAUUGGAAUCUUGUUUCUGAAAACAGUUUUUUGUGUUUUAAUGUUUUGUAGGAAGAGAUAAAGUUCAGUUUAGUUUUGUGAAUGUACAGUACGUUAACCUGCACUAAAAGGUUUCUUGCAUCUGCGGGAGAGUGAGAAAGGCAAGGCAGACAAGUAACCCUAAAAACUUAUUAUGAGACUACCAAAAGGGGCAGCUGCUUUCUGUACUGGAAGCUAACUCAAAUUCACUAUACCAACACUGGAAUUAGAAUAGUCAUGUUCGCUGCACACUUAAAAACGAGAGUUCCUCUAUCUUAAUCUUUCGUCCUAGAGGCUUUCUUAUUGCCAACUAGGAAUACCUAAAAGUGUUUCUUAGGUUUACAAAUAUGAAGAUUUUUCAUUAAAGUAUUUGUACCAGCAGAAAAACCUGUCACGUACUAACUCAGACAUCAGAACUCUUGUUGGUAAGGUAAACCCUUCCUGAAAAGGAAGAGCUCCUCACUAGAAGUCUUCACAUGUUUCGGUACAAUAAAUAGCAUUUUAUAGCUACACACUGACCCUGUAUGCAGUUGAGGUCGCACGGGGUU